AUGUCUUCUUCCGAACCAGGAGGUCGCCGCUCGGCCUCGCCGUGGAAUGUCGUGAUUGCGACUGUUUUUCUCAGCAUGGUGCCGUGGAUGCUGUUCCUGGGUGUGCCAUUCGCCUGGCGCCUGUUUGGUCGCUUCGUUGGCUUCUUGUUCCGCAAGAAGACCGAGGGUCGACGGUCGGUGCUCGUGUCCGCCAUGGACGAGGAGAAUGAGAAAUCUGCGCAGGAGCAUGCGAAAAGAAAAAGUAGCUCUAGCGACGAGUGGGAGAAGGUGUCGGGCGGCGCCGAAGACACCGUCGCGGACAAGCUCAAGGACAAGACCAAGAACUGGGACGGUAUCAUUGGCUUCUUUCACCCCUUCUGCAAUGCUGGAGGUGGUGGUGAGCGAGUCCUCUGGGCAGCUAUUCGUGCGACCCAGCUCCGUUGGCCCAAGGCCAAGUGCGUCGUUUACACUGGCGACCAUGAGGUGACCAAGGCCGACAUUAUCGCUCGAGUCAAGAGCCGAUUCAACAUUGACCUGCACCCUCCCACCGUCCAAUUCCUCUAUCUCACCAAGCGACACUGGGUCCUCUCCGCCACCUGGCCGCACUUUACCCUCGCCGGCCAGUCCCUUGGCUCGCUUAUCCUCGGCCUCGACGCCUUCUCGCUGCUCGUCCCGGACAUCUUCAUCGACACCAUGGGCUUCGCCUUUGUUCUCGGUCUGUGCAAGUUCCUCUUCCCCGCGGUGCCCACCGCCGCCUACGUCCACUACCCGACCAUCUCGACCGACAUGCUCGAGUCGCUCGAUCCGGACUCGCCGCUCGGCUCGCGCGGCGUCAACGGCGGCCAGGGUAGCGGCUUCCGCGGCCUCGUCAAGAAAAUCUACUGGCACAUUUUCGCCCUCGUCUACUGCUGGUUCGGCGCCUCGGUCGACAUUGUCAUGACCAACUCUACCUGGACCCAGACGCAUGUCCAGUCCCUCUGGGGCCCCUACCGCAAAGAAAAGGACGCCAAGAACCCAACCACGGCUGUGUUUCCACCAGUAGCCGUCGAGGAGCUCGAGGAAGCGGUCGACAUCUCGGAAGACAGCGAGGAGAAUGUCCGACAAAACAUUAUCCUGUACAUUGCGCAGUUUCGCCCCGAAAAGGACCAUCGGCUCAUCGUGCAGUCGUUUUCCGAGUUUCUCAAGCUCCGCGGCAAGCCCUCGGAGACGUCGACGCUCGUGCUCGUGGGUAGUGUCCGCGACGACCAGGACGCCAAGCGCGUGUACGAGCUGCGCCUCAUGUGCAACGAGCUCGGCAUCAAGGACCGCGUCGAGUUCCACCUCGACGCCUCGUGGCCCGAGAUCCUGCAGUGGCUGUGCAAGGCGUCCAUUGGCGUCAACGGCAUGUGGAACGAGCACUUUGGCAUCGGCGUCGUCGAGUACCAGGCCGCGGGUCUCAUUUCCGUCGUCCACGACAGCGGCGGCCCGAAGCUGGACAUCGUCGUCCCCAUUGAUGGACUGGCGACUGGCUUCCAUGCGUCCACGUCGAGAGACUUUGCCGAGAGCUACCACCGCAUCUUUACCAUUCCCAACAAGGUGCCGACCCGGCUGCGCGCACGCAAGUCGGCCAGGCGCUUCACAGAGGCCGAGUUUGCCAAGAAGUGGAUAGACCAGACGGAGAAGCUCGUCGCCAUGGCGAAGUAG